AUGGCAUUGGAGAUGAAUGUAUUCAACGCUUGCAAGAUGCCUAGUGUAUGCGAUGAUUCAAAUAUGCAUACUGUUGAUAUGGUGUAUGAUUUUGACGUUUCAAAAUUGUUAUCAGUGUUUGAUUCCGAGAGUGCAUCUGAGGAUGGCUUUCCUGAGCAGUUUGAGGCUCUUUUUGAGACAAUUCCUACGUCAUUAGAGUUGACAGAAUCAGAUGGGCAGUUGACAGAGACAACUGGGUCUCUUCAGUUAUCAGAUGUGAGUUACAUGAAUAAUUGGUGUAGGGCAGUCUUUGAAGCUCUUGAUUUACCAGGAGCUAUGAAGUCAUCAGAAGAAGAAAUCUCAAUACUAGAGUUGAAGCCAUUACCUGAGAACUUGAAAUGUGAGGAAAAGAAUUUAUUGUUGAAUUGGGAGAAAUGUCAGUUUAUGGUUACUAGUGGUUUGGUACUUGGGCAUUUAGUAUCUGAACAUGGUAUAGAGGUUGACAGGGGCAAGAUAGAAUUAAUAUCUCAGCUACCUAUUCCUAAGAUAGUGAAGGAUAUUCGUUCUUUUCUUAGUCAUGCUGGCUUCUAUCGGCGUUUCAUUCAAGGCUUUAGUAGUAUUGCAAAACCAUUGUAUACUUUAUUGCAAAAUGAUACUACUUUUGUUUGGACUGAUGAGUGCCAGCAUGCUUUUGAGACCCUAAGGAAAUACUGA